AUGCAACAACGCAGAGAAGACAUCGUGGCAUACUAUACCGAGUGCAAUAGCACAAUCCACGAUCUUGCUCAAGAACUUAAAGUAGAAAUAGAAAACCAGUUCGAUGAAUACUGGUCUGAAAAGCAAGGUGAGGACCUACUGCAUCAUGCUGAGCAACUGGAACGUCAAUUAGAAAAGAGAUUAAUAGAGCUUCAAUGUCAAGAGGUGAGUUUGAAACAGGAACUUAUAGGAGAGGGAGAUCAAAGGGGCUCGAACCAUAAUUCACAAAUCCCUCAACAACACCCUCAGUCAAGCACAUGGACACUUGAAAGAAGGCUCAUGGGAAAUGAACUCAAAGUGCCAAACUUUUAUGGCAAUCCCUCAGAGUUUGAUUCAUUCUGGGAAAUGUUCGAGGAACUCGUUCACCAUCAACCUUAUUCAAACAUAGAAAAGCUCUCAAUUCUCAUCAAUUGCUGCAAAGGGGACGCAGCAAGAACCCUCCAAAUGAUACCAAGAACAGGGGAAUCCUACGAGAGAGCAAUCAACCAACUGAAAAAUCAAUACCAAGAUCCAAGGAGGGUGACAAUGCAGAUGAUACGAAAGCUCAAAUCAAUGAAGCAGUGCCAAGAUGAUCACCGAUCCUUAAGAAACAACCUCAACGACAUUCAAGCUAUCAUAGCCACACUGGAGAGGCAAGGAGAAGUCGUGGACACAAUAAACAUGAGAACUAUGGUACUUGAAACGUUCUCCAAAAAUGUUCAAGACGAAAUGGCGAGGAAGGAAUUUGACUCAGGGAACCUAUGGAGCAUGACAGAUCUCGUUGAGAAUCUGACCAUAGCAAUAAAGCGUAAGGAACACGUUGAAAGUAUAAGAGAAAUUCAUCAAAGCGAACGCUCAAUUUUCCAUACUAGAACAACGGUGGCACCUAGAGUGCGCUGCACGGGUUGCGGCCAACCACAUAAGUUUCAAUACUGUGAUAAGUACUCAAGCGUAAUACAGAAGAUAGGGCGACUACGCGAACUGAACGCCUGUUGGAAGUGUUUCAGCGUUAAACACCAAACACAAUUCUGUCGUAAGCAGAAUUGUAUUCAGUGCGGAGGUCCCCAUAAUCUCACCCUUUGUCGUCUAAAUCAACAACCUCAAUACAACAGGUACGCCAAUUUCCCUCGACGACAAUACACAUCAUCAUUUCAAAGAGAUCGUGAACAAAAUUUCAACCAAUCGAGAUACCGAAAACAGUCUCCAAAUGGAUUAUUCAAAAGCAGAAGUUACUCACCAAGUAGACCAUUUUAUCCGGAUAGAGCCUCCAAUCUUUAUCAUGCUGACCAGUCCCCACGACGAUCAACACCGAGAUCCCCUCAGUGGUCGUCACCACGACCUAUAUCGAGAGCUUUGCUCAAAACAGCCUCAACUAAACAUUCCCCUUCGCCUUCAAGAACUACAGAGCGUCAAGUCCGGUUCAGUCAAUCUCCCCCGCCACGGAAGCGAUCCUUUGAGAACGUCACAGUCAACUUACAAGUUCAAGAGAGUACAUCAGAACAAGGUGAUAACGAUGAACUCAUAACCGCCUUCGCGAGUAGCAAUAGUGUACGUCUGAUGAUAGUCCCAAUUCAAUUACAACCUUCACAAAGCCAAGACAAAGUGACGGUGUUCGCUAUCCUCGAUUCGGCCUCCGAUCAAUCUUUCAUUUCAACAUCGCUCGCGCAGAGGACGGAAUUAAAAAUCCAAAGCGAAACCACUGUUGUAGUAAACACCUUCGGAGGAAGGGCAGAAAAGAGAAAGGUGAAACGAGUAAUCACCCAUCUCUAUAAUAUGGAAGGAGAUUCCAUCAAGGUUGAACUCCUAACAAACGAUAAAAUCACACCUCCUCUUCAAAUGGGUUCAGUGCUCCCUCAAGACAUCGCCUUCAUCCAAGAAAAUGUCGCUGACGGAGAACUGCACCUGCGACAUCUUUCACAGACAGCCGAUGGUUUAGUAACACCAGAAAUACUUAUUGGCAUGGACUACUUCAAUGCUAUAAUGAAAUUAAACGAAUCAGUAAUUCAGCUCCCAUCGGGACUCUUCCUCACACCUACUUUCUUCGGCCCGGUUAUAUCAGGUGUUCACAACAACACACUCCGAGGCCCUGACAUAGGCAAUCUCAACAGUCGACUCGUUCACUCAUGCACAGUGCUCGAUGCAAAUAAGAACCACAUGGACAUGACAGUUCUAUGGAAACUCAAUACAAUUGGUAUCGAGGACAUGACCACGGACGAAGAGAUUAAUAACCAGAUUGUGUCAGACUUUUACUCCACAGUUCAAAUCACCAAUGGUAAAAUAUUUGUACGGUUCCCUUGGAAAGCGAACAAAAAACGCCUCGCCAGCAAUUAUAAUCUUGCUUUAAACCUAUGGAAACGUGAUUUCAAAUGGGAUGAAGCAUUGCCUAAGGAUCUUAAUGAGGAAUGGCGAUCAAUUUGUGAACAUGCGACGGGAUUCGACGUGUCAGUCCCUCGCGUAGCCACAAACUUUGCAUCAAACAGUCGGUAUGAGCUUUUUACGUUCGUAGACGCUUCGACACGAUCGUUCGCGGCUGCGGCCUAUCUACGUACGAUCGAUGUCAACGGGAAGAUCUGUAGCCAUUUGCUUGUAGCAAGGCAGCGAUUGGCUCCGAUCAAUAAGAACACAAACACAACAACAAUACCACGAUUGGAGCUCCUAGCAAUUCUAAUUGGCGUCCGCUUAACAAAUUUCAUACUUCAAGAAAUACGCUUACCUAUUAAAGAAAUUUACAUCUCAAGUGACUCGCAGGUAGCUCUACACUGGGUCCAAUCAAACACUAAAAACGGCGUUUUCGUCGACAACCGUUGCAGUGAAAUUAGAAGCAAAAUGGAGAAUUGGUCAAACAUGGGUAUUGUAUGCCACCUGCAAUACAUACCAUCCGAGAUAAACCCGGUGGAUUGCGCAACAAAAGGUUUGACAAAGGACCGACUCGCUCAACACGUGUGGUGGACAGGUCCCCCAUUUCUACUUAGUGACCAUUCGAAAUGGCCCACACUUCCACAAUUUUCGUGGAAAGUAGAAGGGAGUGGAGAGGAAAUAGAUUCAAAUCAACCGUCCCGUACAGUAUGCGUGGCGAAGACAACUGACACAUCUGACAAAAAUCCCAAGUCCAAUUUGUUCACAAAAGAAUAUUCGUCAUUUAAAAGGUAUAAGAGAAUCCUAUGUCUGAUUCUGAAGUUCCUCAAACACGUCCUAUACAACAAAAUCUCAAACGAAAAUAAAGCACUAUUAAAGAGUGCCAUACCUGAAAUCGAGCACAUAACAGCCGACACGCCGCUGACGUUAAUGGAACCCAUCGAUCUUUCGAUGACCGAAAGAGUACUCAUUAAAAAAGCACAGAAAGUGUUGUCGGCAGAAUAUCUCGCGAAACUCAAUAACUUGCAAUUAUACACGGACGAAAAUGGAGUUGUGAGGUGUCGAGGAAGAAUUCAAGCUAAACAUUUAGCGAAGGAAACUCAAGAGCCCAUCCUCCUACCGGAAAAUCACAACUUCACCACUUUAAUCAUUAGAGACACCCACCAUCGGUGUGGACAUCAAGGCAUCAAUGGAACAUUAGCAAAUUUGAGGUUGAAUUACUGGAUUCCCAAGGGACGACAGACAGUCAAAAAAUGUUUAAGAAAGUGCCUGAUCUGCAAAAAAUGGAAUUCAAAACCGUUUUUCUAUCCAAACUCUCCACCGUUACCGCAAGCACGGACAGAACCAUCACGGCCGUUUUUACAUGUCGGCAUCGACCUCGCGGGUCCAUUUUGCGUGAUCAACGACGAAAAUGGUGAACAAAAAAGGUGGGUUUUGCUCUCAACAUGUAUGGUAACAAGAGCCAUACAUUUAGAAAUUGUCAAUAAUUUAAGUGCAGCAGAAUUUAUAAAUGGUUUACGGCGAUUUGUGGCGCGGAGAGGUAAACCAAAACUCAUAAUUUCUGAUAAUGCGACAAAUUUUGUAUUGGGACGUGAAAUUAUUGAAACAUUAAGCGAUCGGACUGAAAUUGCUACCCAAGGGAUUCAAAAUUAUCUUUCAAACGAAGGAAUCAAGUGGAAAUUCAUUACACCAUUAUCUCCUUGGAAAGGGGGAUUCUAUGAGCGCAUGAUAGGAGUAAUGAAGUCCACACUCAAAAGAAUAACACGCAAGAAAUCCAUACAUGAAAAUGAGUUCAUUACUGUAAUACCAGAAUGUGAAGCUAUGGUCAACUCAAGACCGCUCACAUACUCCGGCAGUACAGUUGAGGACUCAGUUAUUCUUAGACCUAUCGACUUCAUCAUACCAUAUGCGAAUGUAAACAUUUUGCCGUCGGUUGAUCAGGAGGAACAAGACGCCGAAUAUUUUGCGAAAUAUUCAACGAGAGAAGAAACAAUUCAACUCUUCCAGAAACAUCUAAGUUACUUGCAAAAGUUGUGGGAGUUCUGGACUGACAACUACUUGUUAGAACUACGGAACUUCCAUCAAACCCGGAUAAAUCAAAAGAGCUUUACAAGGAAGCAGCCCUACAUUGGUGAAGUUGUUCUUGUAAUGGAUGAAAGUAAACCGCGAGGAGAAUGGCCUCUUGGUUUAGUAACGAAGCUCAUUGAAGAUCAAGACGGCGAAAUUAGAUCCGUUGAAUUAAAGACAACAAAAUCCAACAUCACAAGAUCAAUAAAUUUACUCAUUCCGCUAGAAAUAGAGGAAAGAAACCUGCAUCAACAGGAAAAUAACGAAUCAAAAUCAUUACAGAAUGAGUCAGAGGUGAAGAUGCCGAAGGAAUUCGCCAAUGACGACACCGCUGCCAUUGGUGGAGUCAUGACUCAGCAGCACAAUGAUGCGCCCAAACGAACGCGGCCGUGGUUGCCACGCCACGCAAAAGAACAACGUGAACUCCGAUUGGUGGAGCGCCGGACAUUCACUCUCAAGGAAAUGUUGGAAGAAUCGCUGGACGGCCUCACACAAAUAUUCAAACUUCAAAAGCAAAUGAUCGCAAUGCUCGAAGAGUUAAGGUACGUUCCGAGUCGGGAACCAUCUCCACAACCAGGGUCAAGCCGUCAACAACCUCAACAGCAGUCGUCAAAUAAAUGUGGAUUCUGCGACAGCCCAGACCACUUCGCAGCUGAUUGUAAGCAGUACUUCACUUUACGUGAUAGAAGUCGUCGGGCAACCGAACGAUUUCGUUGUGAAAGAUGUCUUAAGCGAGCUUCUCAUCUCGCAACUUCAUGUCCUACGGAGAAGGUAUGCCACUAUUGUAAAGUUGCGAAACGAGAAAAGGAAAUGGUUAAGCACAACAGUGCCUUCUGCCCGCACAAGUUCCCAUUGGAAUAA